AUGGAUGCAUAUGAGAGUGCAAGGAUUUACAAAGAAAAGACCAAGGCUUGGCAUGACAAGCAUAUUAGCAAAAGGGAGUUUAAGGAAGGUGAUAAGGUCCUACUUUUCAAUUCCCGGUUGAAGUUGUUUCCGGGUAAGCUAAAGUCAAGAUGGAGUGGACCUUUCACCGUUAAGAAGGUGUUUCCAUAUGGAGCGAUAGAAAUCUCAAAUAACAAUGGUGAACCGUUUAAAGUGAAUGGCCAAAGGCUUAAGGCAUACUUUGACGGUUUUGUGCCUGAGGAAGCCAAGGUUGUUCACCUUGAUGAGUUUGAUGUUCCCUACUCUCAUUGA